AUGGCUGUCCUGAAACAAGAGCCUAGCCGGCCCGUGCUCGGGACCAUCCCUGCGGCCAACUGGCUUCUGGGCAAGGUGCUCACGAAGCUGUCCGAGGACCUGGUGGCCGCGUACGUGUCCAGCAAGGAGCUGGGCCUCAACUUCCAAGACAUCAAACAGAAGCUCCUAUACACACAAGGGCUGCUGCACGCAUCCGACGGGAGGGACCUAAGCAACAACCCUGGCCUCUACGGGUUGCUGCGGGAGUUGAGCAAGAAGGCCGAUGAGGCCGAGGACAUCCUCGACGAGCUCCACUACUUCAUGAUCCAGGAUCAACUCGAUGGCGUCCAGGGCCCUGCCCUCCAUGUCCGCCAUGCUGCUCGCCACACCUUCGGUAACUGGCUUCCAUGCUUUUCUUGCUCGCGUACUCAAGAUGGUGAUUCUUCUGUUCCUGUUGUCACAAGAUGGUGUUUCUGUAACCCACAAAAGGCAACAAGGUCUGGUAGUGGCAAUGAUGGUGGCCCCGUUGAUAAGUUGUCUUUCAAAAGGGUAGACAUGUCCAACAAAAUCAAGUUGGUAAUAGAGGAAUUGAACUCCAUGUGUGGACCUGUCUCUGACUUGCUCAAAAUUGCCAACCAUAGUAACACUGCAACAAGCACACCUAUCACUCUCAAAAGGCCUCCCACGGGUUCAGUAGCUGCACAAGAUAAAUUGUAUGGGAGGGGUGUUAUCUUUGAGCAAACUAUAAGUGCGCUCACUGGUAGCACAUAUCUUGGUGAAACCCUUUCUGUUCUCCCUUUUGUUGGCCCAGGGGGUAUGGGAAAGACAACCUUGACCCAACACUUGUAUAAUGAUAAAGGGGUUGAGGAGCAGUUCACUAUCAGGGUCUGGGUAUGUGUCUCAACUAGUUUUGAUGUGACAAACCUCACCCGGCAGAUCCUUAGGUGCAUACCAGCAAUUGAAAACGAAAAAUACAAAUGUACAGUUGAAACAGCCAGCUUAGACCAGCUUCAGAAAUCCAUUGCAGAGCGACUGAAGUCCAAAAGAUUUUACCACUUAAAAUUCCUAGACCUAGAAGAUUGGCAUGGUAGUACAAAGUUGCCUAGAGACAUUAGCCAUCUUGUGAAUUUAUGCCAUUUCCAUUCUUCCAAAGAACUCCAUUCCAAAAUUCCUGAGGUUGGAAAGAUGAAGUGUUUACAGGAGCUAAAAGAGUUCCAUGUUAAGAAAGAGGGUGUUGGCUUUGAAUUGAGAGAACUAGGGGAAUUGGGAGAGCUAGCAGGAGAGCUCUGUGUAUGUAAUCUUGAAACUGUGGCAUCCAAGGUGGAAGCUAGUGCUGCCAAAUUGAACAAUAAAAAGAAUCUGAAAGGACUAAAAUUACUCUGGAGUACAGAGCACCAGACCAUAAAUGAUGAUGUUCUUGAUGGUCUUCAACCACACCCUAAUCUUAGGGUGCUUGGCAUUAUAAAUCCUGGUGUUGCCCCUUGUCCUAGAUGGUUGUGUGGUGACAUUAGCAUAAAAGGGUUGGAGGAUCUCCAUCUGGAGGGUGUAUCUUGGGGAACUCUUCCAGUUUUUGAGCAGGUACCACACCUCAGUAGUCUCACUUUGAAAAAUAUUGCUGGGCUGAGUGUGUUCGGGCCUGGCUUUAGUGGUGUUACAGAAAGAAGCUUCAUGCACCUGAAGAAACUUCAGUUUGAGAAUAUGCCAGAGCUUGAGAAGUGGGUCGGGGAACCUAAUAGCCGUCUAUUUUCAAGGCUUGAAAGCAUCAAGAUUGGAGGUUGUCCCAUUCUCAGCUUGUUUCCCUUCUUGGAGUGCUCUGACCUAUUUACCAACCUGUGUAGUCUUCAUAUUGAUAACUGCCCCGAGUUGUCUCAGUUCCCACCCAUGCCUCACACCUCCACACUAACAAAUAUUCGUGUGGAAAAUGGUGGGUCAGAGCUAUUAUAUGAUGGUAAACAAUUGAUCAUUGAUGGGUAUGCUAGUGCUUUGGCCUUCCACAAUAUGGAUAAAGUAGAGGUUAUGCAAAUUACAGAUGUGUCACACAUUUCAUUUUCAGACCUCCAAAAACUAAAUUCGUUGAGAAAUAUACAUUUCAUGAAAUGUAGUGACAUGUUUUCUGCAGAAAUGGCUGAUAAUGUUAUCCUCCGUUCAGUUCAGAAUCUUUGUAUUCUUCCCCUCAAGCUAACCAUGGGCAUUCGGGUACUAAAAACUGAACCCAAACCGUCCUGAAUUUCCCAAUUGUCGGGUAUUAUGGUCUUCUGGUUCGGGUUUAGUUCUUGCUUAAUCUGCAAUUUCGGUUUCAAGCACUAAUCGGGUAUCAUCGCUCAUUACUAGAAUAGACCACAAUAAUCAAAAGAAACCUACAUGCGACGUCCCACCUCGCAAAAUAGGCCCGGCCCAUUAGAGAAGAUACCCCAACCGACCUUCUCUACUCACCCCACGCCCCCACCACCCCCUCUCUUGUCUCUCCAUCGCCCUUUUAAUUUUGGAUCAGGCAGAGCUCCUGUCUCGACCACGCCCCAUGGCCAACACAGUCCACCUCCUCCUCGACCUCUCAUUGUUGUUGUGCUAGAUCUGUCAUUGCCUAGGUUUAGGAGCACCACCUCCACCCAUGGCAAUGAGCUGACACUGAUACCGGCCUUCUUGACGAGCUCACGACCCGCUGCUCGUCGCCUCAUCUGUCCCAAUGGCCAGGACGAGGGCCUCGGCCUAAUAUUUGAGGAAGACGAUGGCCGAGGGUAUCCUACACGUGGAUCCCGCGUGUGGUCGCCUUGUGCAGGGUGUCUAGGAGCUGCUUCCUCCAAUA